AUGAGGCAAAGCAGAGAGGAGCUUAUAAAACGAGGAGUGCUGAAAGAAAUUUUUGAUAAAGAUGGGGAACUUUCCAUACCAAAUGAAGAAGGAGCUUUGGAGAAUGGGCAACCUCUGGGCUCCGGACAAGUGCUGAGCUCCAGCCAGGUGUCCCUGCCAGCCCUAGCAGAACUGGAGUCUGGUCCAGCAUCUGGGGAACCCUGCUCAUACGAGGUGCUCCCAACCACAGAGAUCAUGGAUGGGACAGUGUCUGAAGAGAGCCCCACAUCCAAUGAAUCCGGCGUCCUCCUGUCCCAAGAUCCUACAGCUAAGCCAGUCCUGCUACUUCCCCCCAAAAAAUCUGCUGCUUUCCCUGGAGACCAUGAGGACACCCCAGUGAAACAGUUGUCCCUCCUCAAACAGCCCCCUGCCCUGCCUCCUAAACCCAUUGCCAGGAUUGCCAGCCACUUAACUGAUCCUGGCGCUCCUGUGAAACUGCCUUGUAUGCCAGUUAAACUGUCACCUCCACUACCUCCAAAGAAAGUCAUGAUUUGCAUGCCUUUAGGGGGGCCAGACCUCUCUCUCCCAUCCUAUUCCACGCAGAAGAGCUCCCAGCAGCCUUUGACCCAGCACCACCACACUGUCCUGCCAUCCCAGUUAGCAGCUCACCAGCACCAGCUCCAGUAUGCGAGUCACUCGGACUCUGGUUUACAUACAGGUGACAGUGUUGCAAAAACAGGACCCGGGGGCCUUCCAGACAUGAGACAAGUGCCAACUGUUGUGAUCGAAUGCGAUGACAAUAAAGAAAAUGUGCCUCAUGAAACAGACUAUGAAGAUUCUUCCUGCCUCUACACAAGACAGGAGGAAGAGGAAGAGGAAGAUGAAGAUGAGGAUAACUCAUUAUUUACAAGCUCCCUGGCAAUGAAAGUCUGCAGGAAGGACUCUUUAGCAAUCAAACUAAGCAACAGGCCUUCCAAGAGAGAGCUGGAGGAAAAGAACAUCCUCCCCAUGCAGACUGAUGAAGAGAGGCUGGAACUUAGGCAGCAGAUUGGGACAAAGUUAACAAGACGACUGAGCCAGAGGCCGACCGCGGAAGAGUUGGAGCAGAGGAACAUCCUGAAACCCCGGAAUGAGCAAGAGGAGCAGGAGGAAAAACGAGAGAUAAAGAGAAGAUUAACACGUAAGCUGAGCCAGAGGCCCACGGUGGAGGAGCUGCGUGAGAGGAAGAUCCUCAUCCGCUUCAGCGACUACGUGGAGGUGGCGGACGCGCAGGACUACGACAGGAGGGCAGACAAACCCUGGACACGGCUCACCGCCGCCGACAAAGCAGCCAUUCGAAAAGAGCUUAAUGAAUUUAAAAGCACUGAAAUGGAAGUUCAUGAAUUAAGCAGGCAUCUAACAAGGUUUCAUAGACCGUAGCAGUUCGAUUCUACCUGACUCCUAUGCCAUCUUCAGAACAUGACUAAAAGGAACCAUAAGUGCUGGUAAUACUCACUUCCCCGUUACGUACAGUGUAAAUCUUCUGAACUGCCUUUUUAAGAAAAAGAAGAAAAAGUA